AUGAAGGAGUCACCUGUAAAGACACAGCCAAAACUGUGCCAGAGUUGGGCGACGCCACAGGCCCGAUACUCAGAGCUACUUCGUAGGGACAAGUUACGGGCGGUAACGAGGGCACGCUUUUGCAAGAGUUCAAUAGAGCCAGUGGCAACAUUAGACGCGGCGAUUUGGGGAUCGACGCUUACCACGGACGGUGUAUGCAGGGUAGGCGCGGCUAUCCCUAUCGAUGCCAAUGCUGAAGAGAAAGGCCCGAAAGCUCAUUUUAUUAUUCUAAUGUUGUUUAAUGAAAAGGCUGUCCUGGCACAUCUCAAGUAG